AGCGGGAAUGUUCUCAUGCAUAUUGGGGGUGCCACAACGUUAACCCUCCCAAAGGAGGGGCAUUUCCCUGCGAUUGAUCCGUUCACUCCCUUCCGCACCGUGGCCACGAAGUCUUCGAAUUCCAUUCUUUGCUAUAUGCGGCGGGGCGCCUUAGUGGCCUGUCACUCCAGCCUCGGAAGCCGCGCCCCGGAGUUUCAUCGGAAUCUCCUCACGGCCAGCAUUUAUUCAGGGACCGAGUCAUUCAUCCAUAAAAACGAACUCGUGGCUGCGAUAUGGUUUCCCUACCUCUUCUCUACUUUCCUAGACGUAGCAAGCCGCCGACGCGUAUCUGUCACCCCCUAGCACUUGGCAACUCGCGCGCGCAUACUGCAGGAUUGUGGCAUUUUUACCAUACCAACUGGGAGCUACGGCGUUCAUGCCGUUAUCAGACUAGCACUGAGUCCAGAGUCGCGGAAUACACGAGGAGCCAGUCAUAGUUGAUAUUAAAAGGGCAUCUAAUUUACCUACAGUAUCAUCUUCCCG